AUGGCCAUGGAAAUACUUGCACAAAAGGUCAGCUCAGACCCGGCAAAAGCUCUGAAUGACUUUCUGGACAAGAAUCCUGCAGUUCAAAUUAUCAUUCUACAAUGGGUUGAUAUCUGCGGCGUAAUAAAAUCGAGACUUUUGCCUAUUGCUGCUUUUAAGAAGCUCAUCAGCUCGGGCAGUCAUUUGGACUGUGCGCCUCUCGACACGUGUGUGCCAACAACGGCCGAGUUUAUCCCCAUGCUCAUGCCAACCUUUACAGAGAAAGGAAAGAUUUGGCCUGAUAUUUCCACUUUGAGAGUUGCGCAUGACAGUUCUGGGCUCGGCAAUGCAGCAGUUUGCUUCGCUACUUUGGAUUUCCGAAACACUGAUGCUCGAUCAAUCCUGAUAUCCUCAGUCGAUAGGGCUAAGAAGAAUCAUGGGAUGGAGUUCCUAGUCGGCAUGGAGUUGGAGUUCUGUUUGCUUGUUCCAGGAACACUCGAACCUGCUGAGCCUGCGCCGCCUGGCGUUUCGGUCACGGUUCGCAUGCUACGGUCCAAGGUUUGGCCGGUCCUGAAUGAGAUCAUCGUUGCACUUGAGGAAGUUGGGGUUCGCGUUGAACAGACCAUUAAGGAGUAUGGCAUAUCUGCUUAUGAGGUUGCACUCGCCCCACUACCCCCAAUUGAGGCUGUCGACGCAUAUGUGUACGCCAGCGAGUUGAUCAGGAAUGUCGCAUACAAGCAUGGUCUACUUGCCACAUUCUAUCCCACACCUUAUGAGGGAGACCAAGGCCAAAAGAACGGAGAACAUAUCCAUAUCUCUGCUACCAGCAAAGACGAGAGCUGGGACCCAGAUACCACCAUGGCCGGAAUCCUGAGCCAUAUCCCGGCCUUAAUGGCACUCGGUUUGGCUCAGGUCGAUUCUUAUGAAAGGGUCAACGUUGGGAGAAUGUGUGCUGGUGGUCUAGUUGGUUGGGGCGAUAACAAUCGUGAUAUGCCCGUUAGGAGAGUCACUAAGAACCACUGGGAGAUCCGUGUGAAUGAUGGCACCUCGAAUUCAUAUGCUAUGGUAGCUGGUGUCAUUGCCGCUGCGCUUGAUCCAAAACCCCUUGAAAUCCAGAAGGCUAGCAAAUUCACUCUAUUCUACACCGAAGAGGAGAAGGAAAAGCUAGGAAUGACGAAGCUUUUGCCCAAAUCGCUCGACACCGCGCUGGAAGAACUUGAGAAGGACAAAGCUUGGGCUGUAAGUGCUCUCGGUCAGGAAUAUGUUGACUGGUUUCUCGCUUUGAAAAGGGCGGAGAUGAAGACUGUGUCUGAGAUGGAGUCCAAGCAGAGAAGACUUCAUAUGCUUAACUUCUUUUAG